CGUGACAAUAUCGCUUGAAAUCGUAACCGAUUCUAUGCGUCGUGCAGAAUAACUAGUUUUCCGAACGAUCCAGAACGAUGCUACACAUCCAGGACUUCAGAAUAUGUUUUGGAAUAAUUUCCAGACUUUAUGACAAUAAAGUAAUCAAAAUCAAAAAGUUCCGGUGCAAGCUUCGUGUUAAAAACAAUUAGUUGGCUUAUAUGUAAUGUUACAAGAUGAGUAAUAACAAGACAACACUUAGCAAACUUCGCGUUGAAAACAAUUUCCUCUCGAUUCAACUGGACCAUCACUAAUCAUCAGCUGAUUUCGGUUAACGAAAUCGGAAACCGGCUUUUAGCUGAACUAUAGAACUGAAACAAGUUUGCUCUGAUAAAAAUAAACUCCAAUUAACGCAUUGCACUUCAUCCAAGCUGAAGUUCGUUUUAGUUGUAAAAAUGCAGGCGAUGCUAGUUUUGGCCUUGCUGCUGCUGACCGGAGUGUUCGGGAAGGAUCUUCAGGAGUGCGAGGAUCUGGGAAACGGGAGCCAUCUGUGCCGGGAAAUCGAGAGCUUCGAGCAACUGAAUCGCUAUGUCGGUGACACCUGGCGAAGUGUGAAGGUGGUCAAUGAGCACACAGGAAUCGAAAGAGCAGAAGACGGGGCACUGCCUGGUCUCUCUAGACUUUUGCAAUUGGAUCUAUCUGAAUCCGGUGGUGUGACCCUGGGCGAAUGCGGACUACAAGAUUUCAAGGCGCUGCAGAAGCUGAAUCUCACCCACUGUCAGUUGGAGGAGCUGAAGUCAGAGCACUUUCCCAACCCAUCCGAAAUGAUCAAUUUCGAUGUGAGCUACAACGACAUAUUGGCUAUUACCGCCAAACUGAUGAGUGGUUUCGCCAACUUGGAGUACGCCAACUUUUCUGAGAACCUGAUAGCCAACAUAGAACCCAAUGCUUUUAAGGAUUUGAAAAAGCUGCGAUUUCUCGAUCUAACCACCAACUAUCAGGAAAACAUUACUCUUGGCGAAAAUGCAAACUUGCGUUUCCUGUCCAUAAGUAACAAUAACUUGAGAGACUUUCAAUGGUGCCACUUUCGGGGCUUGCCCAAACUGGAGGAACUGCAUCUUCACAGCAAUUGGCUGGAGCGCCUGGACAUGGGAAUAUUUUAUGCGUUGCCCAAUCUUCGAGUUUUAAAUGUAUCCAACAAUAAUCUAUUUGAGAUCAAGCGAACCCUUUUCAUGGCACCCGGCGAAGUUGCGCCCUUGGAUCUGCUCGACUAUAGCUCGAAUAAUGUUAGAGUCCUGGAGGACUCAGUGUUUUGCAGGCUCAAGCAACUAAGAACCCUCAAUUUGUGGCUGAACCAGAUAAACAGAAUCCAUCCGAGGGCCUUUUUGGGACUGUGUUCACUGCAAACUCUGCACUUGCAGGGUAACAAGAUCUCGGUUCUUCCCGAUGACGUCUUUGCCAAUCUAACAGCUUUGGAGAAGCUGGAUCUCAGCAGGAAUAACAUUAAAAAGCUGGGAUUGCGUGUAUUCGGUGAAAGGAUUCUCCGCAAGCUGACCUACCUGGAUUUGAGCAACAACAACAUUGCGGAUCUGCAUCCUCUGGCACUUUCCUCUCUGCCUUUCAUCAAGGAACUUAGGCUCCGAAGGAAUAGGUUGGUCACUCUGGAUCUUCGCAUGUUUGCACCACUGCGGCAGUUACAAUUGCUCACAAUUAGCGAGAAUCGUCUGGAGGAGAUUGAAGGAGAAAUUCUGGACACUUUGGAUCGCCUCAAUCACCUGGAGCUCAACAACAAUCGUCUCACCUUCCUGCCGGACUUGAAGUCAUUGCAAAAUCUGUUGCAAUUACAACACAUCACUUUGGAGGGAAAUCCUUGGCAGUGCCUGUGUCUGGACGAGAUCACCUCCUGGUUGAAUGGCCACCACGUGUCCUACGCUCGACCCAGCAGUGCCUACUUCAGUGGAAGGAAACCCCUCUGCGUGGUCACGCCCAUGGAUAAAUGUCUGCGCGACCUUCAAGAAACCAGGGCGCAAGGAAUCGUCGAAAGUUAUGAGAAGAUAUAACCUUUUCAGACCUCACCUCCUUCAUAUUUGCUAUGGUAUCUAAUGAAGGAUGAAGGGGAGUUAGAAUUCCAGUUUGAUUUGGGCAUAAAUCUGCCUAACGAGCGUUGUAUUGGUAAUAACUGGCUUCAGAAGAGUUUUAGCAUAUUUUUGCUUUCGAAUCUAUGUCCGAUUUUGUGCAUCAUAUAUCCCAAGUGCAUUCAUAUUCCUGAUUGUAAAACGCACGUGUGUCACCAGUUGAGCAGCAAUAAAUCAA